CGUGCGUCGAUAUUGUAUUUUAUGGUUAGCGAUGUCUCAUCACCAUACAGUCAGUCAUUGGUCAUCAUCAAAACACUUAAAGUAAAGGGUCGAAACGGUGCAAAUAUUAACGAAAACCACUGACAGCAACAGCCUGUACAUUAUUUUUUAAAAACCAACAUUCCUGGAAACGAUACAUAGUUAAACGCAAAGGAUCCCUGAGGACUCUUGUCUUCUUGAUUAGCGCUAACUUCAUCAUACUGCAACGUUGUUGUUUCCCCGUUGGACUGCAGCUGCUAGCUAACGUUAGCCUAGCUGGCUAAUUAUCUGUAUCCCCUCUGCCUGGUCGGGACGGGAUCGAAAUGUCCUGCUGCCUGCUCGAGUUCUGCCGGGUCCAAGAACUCAAAGCAGUCCGGGUGUUCUUGUUCCAGAACCAGCAAAACAACCCUUCCUCAGAGGACAAGAAAGCAGGUAACUAGCUAACGCUCAGCUCUGGGCGAGAUAAGUGGCUGUUUAUGACCAACUUGUUUGAUUGCUUUCGCAAAAAGAGACGAGGAUUGCAAACAGCAAUGUUCGAGUAGCUAUGAUAAUUUGCCUAAUACUUGUAUAGUCGUAUAACAUGUGUGUGUGUCGGAAAUAGAGACCGAAUAAUGGUUCACAAAUUGCACAACAACUAGAUAGUGUUGUUGACAGUCCAGUGGAAAUUAGACUGUAAUUUGUUCUAUGGGCGACGUCACUUGUCAUCUCACGCUUGCAGAAUCUGACAGCUCUCGAAGUCGCACUUUUUGUUCCAGUGCUCUAAAUGCUAGAAACACCAGGGGGUGUAAAGAAUGCACUUAUACCUACAUGUCUCUUUAAAUAUUUGACCUGUCACAUCAUGAAUGAUACAAUUAGAGAUUAUAGCAGUUGAUAUGCUAAAGGUGUAGUGAAGGUAAGAGCUGGAGAGCUACAGUACCAGCGGGAGGCAGACGAGGAUGGAAAGGGAGGGAGGGAGGGGGAUUUGCCCUUUGUCAUAUGAGUCUUCCUACAGGAGGGCAUCUGAACAGAUUACUGCAUGAUGCUGGACAAAGGAAGACACACACAUAAGAAUACGUACUUACAUAAACCUACUCAAAGCCCUGAGCCAUUGUACAUGCAUGUUACAGUCAGACUAUGGCAACAGGAGUCCCACUGACAAUGCGAGUUCUGUCAAUCUCUCUCCUCCUCCCACUCACUGAUAUUUAUAGCAUCUCCAACUUCAUUCCUUUUCUCUCUUUGGGUCGGGGGAGGUCUCUUGUCCUUGAUGCUCAUCUUUCUCUCUGCCUUCUUUGUUAGUUUGGCCCUGCCAGUCCCAAAGAUGUGUGUAUCAUGCAUCACCUGAUUUGAAUAAAUGUUCAGCUUUAUAGACUAACUAUAAUAUAAUAUGCCACUUAGCAGACACUUUUAUCCAAAGCGACUUAGUCAUGUGUGCCACAUUUUACGUAUGGGUGGUCCCGGGAAUCAAACCCACUACCCUGGCGUUACAUACACCAUGCUCUACCAACUGAGUUACAAAGGACCACAUACAUUUUUAACUGACAAUUGACUCUGGAUUGCACCUCCUAAUAAUUGUGAUUGCUCUCUCUCUCUCUCACGCUCAGAGAAUGAGCUGGCCUGGGAUGACUCAGACUGGGGGUCAUGGGAUAACACUGAGGCCAAAGAAGAUGGCAGUGGCACCACCACGGUCAGUUUGUCUGUCUCUUACACUAUUUAUUUUCUUUAACAUCUAAAGAUUAGCCUAAAUCAGACAGCACCCUUCCAUAGCCCUCUGUGAUCUAUAAGGUUUGGUCCUGUUGUGUUGUGUUCCUCAGGGGGUGGAGGAGGACAGUGCUGCAGUGAGCGCCCCCUGGCUGCAGGACUGUGUGGUGUCUCUGUCUCCCUGCUCAGACCUGAUGGUCGUUGCCAAAGACCACAAGGCUGUGUUUCUUUCAGGUAUGUGUCCCAAAACACAGACACGCACGUUAAUGUACACACACACACACAAACAAACGCUCUCUACUCUACCCUUAUUAAAGCUAGAUGAGACAAAGUCAAUGUCCUCAAAUGCAUAAACAUCUCCCCAAUGACACAUACACACUGCUGUUGGUGGGGUGUGUGUUGACAUUGUCUCCCCUUUCCUGCAGCGAAGUGGCGGACAGAUGACGGAGGCCGAGAGGAGAUGACCCUGGCUGUGUCCUGGAGUGGAACUCUCAGCACAGAGGAGGGGUGAGAGAAUGGGGGGAGGAGGGGGGAGAGAACAGGGGAGGAUGGGGGAGAGAACAGAGGAGGAGGAGGAGGGGGAGAGAACAGAGGAGGAGGAGGAGGAGGAGGUGAGAAAACAGAGGGAGGGAGGAGGGGGGAAAGAACAGAGGAGGAGGGGGGAAGAACAGAGGAGGAGGGGGGGGGGGAAAGAAAGAGGAGGAGGGGGGGGGAAAAAACAGAGGAGGAGGGGGGGAGAACAGAGGAGGAGGGGGGGAGAGGAUGAGAGAGAACAGAGGAGGAGGGGGGGAGAGAACAGAGGAGGAGGGGGGGGGAGACAGAAAGGGGGGGGGGAGAGAGAGGAGGAGGGGAGGAGGUGUGAGGGGGGGGAGAGAAAAGGAGGACGGCGGGGGGAAGAACACAGAGGAGAAGGGGGAGAGAACAGAGGAGGAGGAGGGGGGAGAGAACAGAGGAGGAGGAGGGGAGAGAACAGAGGAGGAGGAGGGGAGGAACAGAGGAGGAGGAGGAGGGGAGAGAACGGAGGAGGGGGGAGGGGAGAGGAACGGAGGAGGAGGGGGAAGAGAAACGGAGGAGGAGGGGAGAGAAAACGGAGGAGGAGGGGAGAGAAAGCGGAGGAGGAGAGGGAGAGAGAAAACAGAGGAGGAGGAGGGGGGAGAAGAACAGGAGGAGGAGGGGGGAUGAGAACAGGAGGAGGAGGGGAGGAGAAGGAGGGAGGAGGGGGGGAAAGGAGGGGAGGGGAGAGGAGGAGGAGGAGAGAAGAGGGGAGGAGGGGGAGGAGGGGAGAGAAAGAGGACGCAGGGAGGAGGAGGGGAGAGAACAAGGAGGAGGGGGGAGAGAGGAGAACAAGCAGAGGAGGGAGGGGGGGAGAGAGGAGGAGGAGGGGGGGGAGAGAAAGAGGAGGAGGAGGGGGAGAGAAACGAGGAGGAGGAGGAGGGAAACAAAAAGAGGAGGGGGGGAGGGAUAGAAAAGGAGGGGGAGGGAGAAAAACGAGGGGAGGGGAGGGGGGGAGAGAACAGAGGAGGAGGGGGGGAGAGAACAGAGGAGGAGGGGGGGAGAGAACAGAGGAGGAGGGGGGUUGAGAAAACAGGGGAGAGAACAGGAGGGGGGAGAGAAACAGAGGAGGAGGGUGGGAGAGAACAGAGGGAGGAGGGGGGAGAGAACAGAGGGAGGAGGGGGGAGGGGGGGGAGAGAAACAGAGGGGGGGGAGAACAGAGGGGGGGGAGAACAGAGGGAGGGGGGAGAGAGAACAGAGGGAGGAGGGGGGAGAGUAAGGAGGGAAAGAAACAUAAGGGCGGAUGAAUGAGAGAGGAAUGGGUGAGACUGAGAGAAUGUGAGGAGAGGAAAGGACACAGAAAGAAGACAAUAUUAGAUUCCAGAUUCACUGUGUGUGUGUGUGUUUGUCUCUUUACAGGGAGAGUGUGAGCAGCGUCAUCUGUAUACCUCUGGCCAGCCAGAAGAAGUAAGCCACCUAGUGUGUCCGACAUUUUUCCAAAGUCAAUACUUUGUAGAGCCAGCUUUUGCAGCAAUUACAGCUGCAAGUCUCUUGGGGUAUGUCUCUAUAAGCUUGGCACAUCUAGCCACUGGGAUUUUUGCCUAUUCUUCAAGGCAAAACUGCUCCAGCUCCUUCAAGUUGGAUGGGUUCCGCUGGUGUACAGCAAUCUUUAAGUCACAGAUUCUCAAUUGGAUUGAGGUCUGGGCUUUGACUAGGCCAUUCCAAGACAUUUAAAUGUUUCCCCUUAAACCACUCGAGUGUUGCUUUAGCAGUAUGCUUAGGGUCAUUGUCCUGCUGGAAGGUGAACCUCCGUCCCAGUCUCAAAUCUCUGGAAGACUGAAACAGGUUUCCCUCAAGAAUUUUCCUGUAUUUAGCACCAUCCAUCAUUCCUUCAUUUCUGACCAGUUUCCCAGUCCCUGCUGAUGAAAAACAUCAGUACAGGUGCAUCAAAGCUGGGACCGAGAGAAGCUGUUUUUCAUUCUAUCUCAAGGCCAUCAGACUGUUAAAUAGCCAUCACUAGCACAUUAGAGGCUGCUGCUGCCUAUUGAAAUCACUGGCCACUUUAAGAAAUGGAACACUAGUCACUUUAAUAAUGUUUACAUAUCUUGCACUACUCAUCUCAUAUGUAUAUACUGCAUUCUAUUCUAAAAUAGUCUACUGUAUCUUAGUCCAUGCCGCUCUGUCAUUGCUUGUCCAUAUAUGUAUAUUUUCUUAAAUUCCAUUCCUUACUAGUUUUGUGUGUAUUGGGUAUAUGUUGUGAAAUUGUUAGAUAUUACUACACUGUCGGAGCUAGAAGCACAAGCAUUUUGCUACACCCGCUAUAACUGCUAAACACGUGUAUGUGACAAAUAACAUUUUAUUUGAUUAGAAAAACAUCCCCACAGCAUGAUGCUGCCACCACCAUGCUUCACUGUGGGGAUGGUGUUCUUAGGGUGAUGAGAGGUGUUGGGUUUGCGCCAGACAUAGCGUUUACCUUGAUGGCCAAAAAGCUCAAUUUUAGUCUCAUCUGACCAGAGUACCUUCUUCCAUAUGUUUGGGGAGUCUCCCACAUGCCUUUUGGCGAACACCAAACGUGUUUGCUUAUCAUUUUCUUUAAGCAAUGGCUUUUUUUCUGGCCAUUCUUCCGUAAAGCCCAGCUCAGCGGAGUGUACGGCUUAAAGUGGUCCUAUGGACAGAUACUCCAAUCUCCGCUGUGGAGCUUUGCAGCUCCUUCAGGGUUAUCUUUGGUCUCUUUGUUGCCUCUCUGAAUAAUGCCCUCCUUGCCUGGUCUGUGAGUUUUGGUGGGCGGCCGUCUCUUGGCAGGUUUGUUGUUGUGCCAUAUUCUUUCCAUUUUUAAAUAAUGGAUUUAAUGGUGCUCUGUGGGAUGUUCAAAGUUUCAGAUAUUUUUUUAUAACCCAACCCUGAUCUGUACUUCUCCACAACUUUGUCCUUGACCUGUUUGGAGAGCUCCUUGGUUUUCAUGGUGCCGCUUGCUUGGUGGUGCCCCUUGCUUAGUGGUGUUGCAGACUCUGGGGCCGUUCAGAACAGGUGUAUAUAUACUGAGAUCAUGUGACAGAUCAUGUGACACUUAUAUUACACACAGGUGGACUUUAUUUAACUAAUUAUGUGACUUCUGAAGGUAAUUGGUUGCACCAGAUGUUAUUUAGGGGCUUCAUAGCAAAGGGGGUGAAUACAUGUGCACGCACCACUUUUCUGUUAUUUUUUUCAUUUCACUUCACCAAUUUGGACUAUUUUGUGUAUGUCCAUUACAUGAAAUCCAAAUAAAAAUCAAUUUAAAUUACAGGUUGUAAUGCAACAAAAUAGGAAAAACGCCAAGGGGGAUGAACGCUUUUGCAAGGCACUGUAUCAAUGUGUGUAUGUAAGUUUGUGUUCUAAUGAUGAGUAUUUUCUCUCUCUCUCUCUGUCUGUCUGUCUGUGUGUCUGUCUGUGUGUGUUCAGGAGUUCCACAGGUCGGCCAGACUGGACCUGUAUCGUUGUGGGCUUCUCAUCUGGCUAUGUCCGCUUCUACACAGAGGUACAGCACAGCAGCAUUGACUUGUUACCAGGAAGUCUGGCUGGUGUGGUAGUGUUAUUCUAACAGUGGCGUUGUGUGUGUUUGUCAGAGUGGGGUCCUACUCCUAGCCCAGCUGUUGAAUGAGGAUCCUGUCCUGAGGCUCAAGUGUCGCACCUACGAGAUCCCCCGCCACCCCGGUGUCACCGAGCAGGUACGGCUGUAGCACACAUCGAAACACUGACAGCUGUCUGGGCCUGGGUAUCAAGGUUCCCUUGAUGACACUUUGUAUUUAUGAAUCUCUCUGUCUUUCCCUCUCUCUCUCUCUCUCUCUCUCUCUCUCUCUAAGCAUGAAGAGCUGAGCAUACUUUACCCAGCAGCCCUGGUCACUAUUGAUGGCUUCAGCCUCUUCCAGUCUCUACGGGCCUGCAGAAACCAGGUGGCUCGAGGUACUGCUCUCUGUGUGUGUUUUGUGUCUGUUGAGGUACUGUAGUAGCAGUAGCGGUACAGUGCAGUGAAGAAGUAUUUGCCCCCUUUCUGAUUUUCUCUAUAUUUUAUAGUGAAUGUUAUCAGAUCUUCAACCAAAACCUAAUAUUAGUUAAAGGUAACCUGAGUUUACAAAUAACAAAACGAAUUGAUACUUAUUUUAUUUAUUUAAUUAACAAAGUUUUGGAACACCCAAUUCCCCUGUGUGAAGAAGUCAUUGCCCCCUUACACUCAAUAACUGAUUGUGCCACCUUUAGCUGCAAUGACUGCAACCAAAUGCUUCCUGUAGUUGUUGAUCAGUCUCUCACAUCGCUGUGGAUACAUUUUGGCCCACUCUUACAUGCAGAACUGCUUUAACUCCGCAUCAUUUGUGGGUUUUCAAGCAUGAACUGCUAGUUACAAGUCCUGCCACAACAUCUCAAUUGGGAUUAUGUCUGGACUUUGACUAGACCAUUUCAAAACUUCAGCUUCAGCUCACAGACGGAUGGCCUGACAUUCUCCUGUAGAAUUCUCUGAUACAGAGCAGAAUUUAUGGUUCCUUCUAUUAAGGCAAGUUGUCCAGGUCUUAAGGCAACAAAGCAUCCCCAAACCAUCACACUACCAACACCAUGCUUGACCAUUGAUAUAAGGUUCUUACUGUGGAAUGCAGUAAGGUUUUCGCCAGGCAGCUGGGUCAUGCAGCAAGACAAUGAUCCAAAACACACAAAUCAAGUCUACGUGAAAAUGGCUAAAAAGCAACACAUUUGAAGUUUUGGAAUGGCCUAGUCAAAGUCCAGACCUAAUCCCAAUUGAGAUGUUGUGGCAGGACUUGAAACGAGCAGUUCAUGCUUGAAAACCCACAAAUGUCGCUGAGUUAAAGCAGUUCUGCAUGGAAGAGUGGGACAAAAUUCCUCCACAGCGAUGUGAGAGACUGAUCAACAACUACAGGAAGCGUUUGGUUGGAGUCAUUGCAGCUGAAGGUGGCACAACCAGUUAUUGAGUGUAGGGGGGCAAUUACUUUUUCACAUAGGGGCAUUGGGUAUUGCAUAACUUUGUUUAUGAAAUAAAUGAAAUAAGUAUGUCAUUGUUGUGUUAUUUGUACACUCAGGUUCCCUUUAUCUAGUAUUAGGUUUUGGUUGAAGAUCUGAUAACAUUCAGUAUCAAAAAUAUGCAAAAGUAGAGAAAAUUAGAAAGUGGGCAAAUACUUUUUCACAGCACUGUAUGUUAGUGUUAGUAAUAGGAGAUAGUAUUGGUUGUAAAACUAGUUGUAGUACCACAGUAAUUGUGCUAUAAAGGUUACAUGAUGUUUAAUAGAACCAACUUCUCCAUUUGCUGGCUGGGUUGACAGAGUUUGCCAGAAAGGAUGCAGGUACUGACACCUACACAAAAGCUAGUCUUUGACACUUAGUAUAGUACAUUUAGUAUUUAUUUGCGUAUUGUGGCUUGAUGUGAUAUAUACUGUCAUUCCACACCAUUUAUUCAACUCUUUCCCUCAUCUCCUCUUCCUCUGUCAACCCUCUCUUCCUUAAUCUCUUUCUCAUUAUCCCUAACUUUCUGUGAUUUACCCCUCCCCCCACUCUUCAGCCGCGGCAGCAGGCAGUGAAGUGGUCCAGCCUCCUCCUCUGGCCUAUAAGAAGUGGGGUCUACAGGAUAUGGACGCCAUCGUAGACCACAGCAGCGUGGGUGAGCGAGUCAAGGAGGGAGGGUCAUAUGAUUGAUGGAUGGAUGGAUGGAUGGAUGGAUGGGCACAGGGAGUGGGGGCGCUGGAGGAAGGAGGACAGGGAGUGGGCAGGAGUAGGGCUGUUUGGUGACCGUAUUACCGCCACACCGGCAGUCACGAGUCUUGACGGCAGUCAAAUUCCUGGUGACCGUUUGCUAAGUGACUAAAAUGUAAAAAAUGUAAAAAUGUCACGGUAAUUAGGCUUCUCCAAGCUCUGAUGCUGCUGAUGGUCAUUAGUAGCCUAACAAACUUGAUAACUGCCUGGUACUCAGCACUGUAUUGUCCCUCUAAUCACUCUGAUAUCAAUGCAAAUGUCAUCGAAAAUCAAACACUUCAUGAGAGCCCAUGAGCUGAUGUUGCGCAACAUUUCUAUAGGCUAUCCAAUUGCGUGAGAAAACAGAGUGAUGGGCUCUAUUAAAAAGAGGAUCCCAUCAGCUUUCUAUAGGCUAGGCCUACUAUAUUUAUUUCUCAACUUUCCUCAUAUCAAGCACAUUGCUUCUCUUUAAAACAGGAGUAUAGCCUACCUGGCUGCCAUGAAAAUGAACCACGGAAAAGCUUCCUCCAUUCGCUAUUUAAGUGCAUAGAUUACAUGUAUUGUUUUCCGCUGCCCCUGUUUCGAGACAGGUGCAUGAUAAUGGGCCAUUCUAAAUCAAAACAAAUUUCACACAUAUUAUUUAGUAUAUGUAAAGACAAGAUUAAAUCAAUAAUAUUUUGAUGGGUGACAAUAUUAGCCUAUCACUUGUGAAUGAUGCCCAGCUUAAGGCAAACAGCGCAUGCUUUUUUCCCAGAAUUUUUCAAAUCAUAGUCAACGCCUCAUGUAGCCUAGCCCAUAGGCCUACAGUGCCUUGCAAAAGUAUUCAUCCCCCUUGGUGUUUUUCCUAUUUUGUUGCAUUACAACCUGUAAUUUAAAUGGAUUUAUAUUUGGAUUUCAUUUAAUGGACAUACACAAAAGUCCAAAUUGGUGAAGUGAAAUGAAAAAAAUAACUUGUUUCAAAAAAUUCAAAAAAAUUAAUAACGGAAAAGUGCUGUGUGCAUAUGUAUUCACCCCCUUUGCUAUGAAGCCCCUAAAUAACAUCUGGUGCAACCAAUUACCUUCAGAAGUCACAUAAUUAGUUAAAUAAAGUCCACCUGUGUGCAAUCGAAGUGUCACAUGAUCUGUCACAUGAUCUCAGUGUAUACACCUGUUCUGAAAAGCCCCAGAGUCUGCAACACCACUAAGCAAGGGGCACCACUAAGCAAGGGGCACCAUGAAGACCAAGGAGCUCUCCUUGUGGAGAAGUACAGAUCAGGGUUGGGUUAUAAAAAAAUAUCUGAAACUUUGAACAUCCCAUGGAGCACCAUUAAAUCCAUUAUUAAAAAAUGGAAAGAAUAUGGCACCACAACAAACCUGCCAAGAGAGGGCCGCCUACCAAAACUCACGGACCAGGCAAGGAGGGCAUUAUUCAGAGGCAACAAAGAGACCAAAGAUAACCCUCAAGGAGCUGCAAAGCUCCACAGCGGAGAUUGGAGUAUCUGUCCAUAGGACCACUUUAAGCCGUACACUCCACAGAGCUGGGCUUUACAGAAGAGUGGCCAGAAAAAAGCCAUUGCUUAAAGAAAAUGAUAAGCAAACACAUUUGGUGUUCGCCAAAAGGCAUGUGGGAGACUUCCCAAACAUAUGGAAGAAGGUACUCUGGUCAGAUGAGACUAAAAUUGAGCUUUUGGGCCAUGAAGGAAAACGCUAUGUCUGGCGCAAACCCAACACCUCUCAUCACCCCGAGAACACAAUCCCCACAGUGAAGCAUGGUGGUGGCAGCAUCAUGCUGUGGGGAUGUUUUUCAUCGGCAGGGACUGGGAAACUGGUCAGAAUUGAAGGAACGAUGGAUGGCACUAUAUACAGGGAAAUUCUUGAGGGAAACCCGUUUGUCUUCCAGAGAUUUGAGACUGGGACGGAGGUUCACCUUCCAGCAGGACAAUGACCCUAAGCAUACUGCUAAAGCAACACUCGAGUGGUUUAAGGGGAAACAUUUAAAUGUCUUGGAAUGGCCUAGUCAAAGCCCAGACCUCAAUCCAAUUGAGAAUCUGUGACUUAAAGAUUGCUGUACACCAGCGGAACCCAUCCAACUUGAAGGAGCUGGAGCAGUUUUGCCUUCAAGAAUAGGCAAAAAUCCCAGUGGCUAGAUGUGCCAAGCUUAUAGAGACAUACCCCAAGAGACUUGCAGCUGUAAUUGCUGCAAAAGGUGGCUCUACAAAGUAUUGACUUUGGGGGGGUGAAUAGUUAUGCACGCUCAAGUUCUGUUUUUUUGUCUUAUUUCUUGUUUUUUCACAACAAAAAAUAUUUUGCAUCUUCAAAGUGGUAGGCAUGUUGUGUAAAUCAAAUGAUACAAACCCCCCCAAAAUCCAUUUUAAUUCCAGGUUGUAAGGCAACAAAAUAGGAAAAAUGCCAAGGGGGGUGAAUACUUUCGCAAGCCACUAUAUAUGUUUUGAUAAGGUUUGUAUGACAACUAAAGUGGCCAAAUAACUUCUUAAAAUGAAGCACAUUAAUCCGCUUUACAACGGGUGUAACUGGCAUACAUACGCAGCGCAUGAGUUUCAUGUUUGGGGAAGAUAAUUUUCACAAUAAAAAUGCACCUUUAUAAUAAAACCAUACAUGCAUAAUCGCGGGUUUGUUUGUUGUGGUCACUUUUGAGAAUGGGGUUUUCCUGCUAAUUGAACAUUCGCGCUUAUAGCCUACUGCCGUGUGCGCAUUGCUGCGCUUGUAAUUUGAAGAAAUAGCCUAAUAGUUUUUCACCAUUUUAAAAGCUAAACAUUCUCAUCUGUUGCGUCAGGCUUAUUGCUUAAAACAGGUGUUUUGAUGCUGGUGGUUGUAUUAAUUCGGGAUCUAUUGCAUCCCACAACUGUCCCAGACUAUGUUUGGAAUAUUUAUUUCUCACACAGAAUAGAAUAGGUCAACUUUUGUACUAUGGGGGAUAGUAGAUUUACAUAUGCUAGUGCUUUUGCUGUUCGUUAGGCCUACUCAUCUUGUUGGUUGACAAAAAGUUAAUGUGGACAGUUCUUCCAAUAUCUUCAAUAUGACCUCGGAAUUGGAUAAGGACGCGCGCAGUUGCGUCCCCGAUGUGUCGGUCUUCAAUUGUAGCCUGUGAGAAAGACCUGAUCACUUGACUGAGAGCCAUGUGAGUGAGAGGUACUUUGGCACGCAGCCGGGAGAAGGGAAUUAUAAUUAUUAUAUUCAGCCCAAGGGCACAACAGCCACUGGCCGCAAAAGGCAUGGAUUUUUUUUAGGGGACAUUAUGGCCACACAAAGGGGAUGCAGCCGGGAAAUUCGAGGCAUUAUCAAGUGUUUGUCAAACUGUGAAUGAGAGACUGAUGAAGUGUGUGCAGCCUGCGCAAAAAAACAAAGCAGAGCUCAUGCCUUUCAUGUGACUAAUGAUGAUUUGAAAAAAGUCACAUCAUGUAGCCUUAGAAUGUAUUAAAAAUCAAAACAUAUAGCCCAACGUUUGUAUCACAACUAAAGUUACAUAAAUAACUCUAAAUUAAGCAUAUAGGAGUACCUACUUUUUUUGAUAACCGCUCAACACAGAAUAGCUGCAUGUGCCCCAAAUCGUUUGAAGAAAAUAUAAUUUCUAUUUUAUUCAGCAAUGUUCAAUUGUAUUCUUCGUAUGAAAUAAUGCCAUGGAAUUCCAAGCAAAUCUUGUCUGCUAAAUGAACUAGUGUAGCCCACAGCCAUAUGGCAUAGCCAGAUCAGGGCCUAACAUAAGGACAACUCAGAGUAUGCUAUUUUGUUCUUCUGAAAUAGACUACAUUUUCUUCAUAUCAUGUUUCUUUAGACCUGUCUAAAAUAAAUAAUGGAUUUAUUGUGAUGGUGUUGGCUAUAUUACAUGGAUUUAUUAGACUUUUUUAAAUGUAGAUGUUCCAAAGGUCUGCAUCAGUGGCUUGUAAGCCAGGAGAUGCUAAAUGUGCUUAUUUUAAUUAUCACCGGCUGACAAAAUGUCAUCACCGCCACAGCCCUAGGCAGGAGCAUGGCGAGCAGAAGGUGGAGAAAAUCAUGGAUACUGGUUGAAAGACGGUGAAAGUGUAGCUACAGUGGCUUCGGAAAGUAUUCAGACCCCUUGACUUUUUCCACAUUUUGUUACGUUACAGCCUUAUUCUAAAAUUGAUUAAAUAAAGAAAGUUCCUCAGCAAUCUACACACAAUACCCCAUAAUGAUAAAGCGAAAAAAGGUUUUUAGGAAUGUUUGCAUAUUUAUAAAAAAUAAAAAAACAUACCUUAUUUACAUAAGUAUUCAGACCCUUUGAGAUCAGGUGCAUCCUGUUUCCAUUGAUCAUCCUUGAUGUUUUCGACAACUUGAUUGGAGUCCACCUGUGGUAAAUUCAAUUGAUUGGACAUGAUUUGGAAAUACACACACCUGUCUAUCUAAGGUCCCACAGUUGACAGUGCAGGUCAGAGUAAAAACCAAGUCAUGAGGUCGAAGGAAUUGUCCGUAGAGCUCCGAGAAAGGAUUGUAUCGAGACACAGAUCUUGGGAAGGGUACCAAAACAUUUCUGCAGCAUUGAAGGUCCCCAAGAACACAGUGGCCUCCAUCAUUCUUAAAUGGAAGAAGUUUGGAACCACCAAGACUCUUCCUAGAGCUGGCCGCCCGGCCAAACUGAGCUAUCGGGGGAGAAGGGCCUUGGUCAGGGAGGUGACCAAGAACCCGAUGGUCAUUCUGACAGAGCUCUAGAGUUCCUCUCUGGAUAUGGGAGAACCUUCCAGAAGGACAACCAUCUCUGCAGCACUCCACCAAUCAGGCCUUUAUGGUAGAGUGGCCAGACGGAAGACAGUAAAAGGCACAUGAUGGCCCGCUUGGAGUUUGCCAAAAGGUACCUAAAAACUCUCAGACCAUGAGAAACAAGAUUAUCUUGUCUGAUGAAACCAAGAUUGAACUCUUUGGCCUGAAUGCCAAGCGUCAUGUCUGGAGGAAACCUGGCACCAUCAUGCUAUGGGGAUGUUUUUCAGGGACUGGGAGACUUGCCAGGAUCGAGGCAAAGAUGAACGGAGAAAGUACAGAGAGAUCCUUGAUGAAAACCUGCUCCAGAGCACUCAGGACCUCAGACUGGGGCGACGGUUCACCUUCCAACAGGACAACGACCCUAAGCACGCAGCCAAGACAACGCAGGAGUGGCUUCGGGACAAGUCUCUGAAUGUCCUUGAGUGGCCCAGCCAGAGCCCGGACUUGAACCUGAUCGAACAUCUCUGGAGAGACCUGAAAAUAGCUGUGCAGGAACGCUCCCCAUCCAACCUGACAGAGCUUGAGAGGAUCUGCAGAGAAGAACGGGAGAAACUCCCCAAAUACAGGUGUGCCAAGCUUGUAGCGUCAUACCCAAGAAGAUUCGAGGCUGUAAUCGCUGCCAAAGGUGCUUCAACAAAGGACUGAGUAAAGGGUCUGAAUACUUAGGUAAAUGUGAUAUUUCAGUUUUGUAUUUUUUAUAAAUUAGCAAAAAAAUCUAAAAACCUGUUUUUGCUUUGUCAUUAUGGGGUAUUGUGUAGAUUGAUGAGGAAAAAAAUUAUUUAAUCAAUUUUAGAAUAAGGCUGUAACGUAACAAAAUGUGGAAGGAGUCAAGGGGUCUGAAUACUUUCUGAAUGCACUAUGUUCUCCAUUGUAACAAUGCUCUCUCUCCAUCCCUCCCUCCCCAGGUAUAAUGACGCUGUGUGUGUUUGACCAGAUGAAGAAUGCGUCUAUCCUGGGGGGUUUCCAUGCCUCUGUGAAGGGCAGCCCCCCUGCCAUGAGUCAGUACAUAACUGUGGGGGGAGGACCCUACACAGGCUUCUACUACGCCAUAGAGGUGUGUGUUUGUGUCUGUCUGUCCAUCUUUUUCUCACCUCAUGCAUGUCUGUUUAUCUCCCUGAGAGAAUGGUAGUUACUCUUUAAUAAGAAAGUCGGCAUUAGUUCAGACCAGUAGAAGCGACUUUUGACUUUCCUAUUCCUUCUAGACCAGGGAUGGGCAAUAAUUUUGGCUCGAGGGCCACAUCAGGAUUUCUAAAUUAAGUGGAGGGACGUUAUUUUGAAAAAGUGCAGUUAUUAGGUCCAUUAUCAUUUCUACAUACUUUCUAUGUAGUUUUAUAUGUUCAAGAGUGACCUGAAGUGUUAUUACCCCCCCCCAAAGUCAAACCUCCCUCGGACCGGAUUACCUUAUUUUGCCCACCCCUGCUGUAGACAGAGCAGAGAUUUCCACCAAAGCAGCACAAAAUGUCCAGUCAGAAUAUAUUGUUUUUCUCUCUCUCUCUCUCCAGGGUAGCUCCCAGCCUCUCCUCUCCCAUGUGGCUCUGGCUGUGGCGAGCAAACUCACAUCGGCCUUGUUCAGCGCUGCCAGGUGCGCGCGUUUGUUUUUCUUACUUCAGAAAGUAUUCAGACCACUUGACUUUUUUCACAUUUUGUUAUGUUACAGCUUUAUUCUAAAAUUUAUAAAAUUGUUUUUUCCCCUUCAUCAAUCUACACACAAUACCCCGUAAUGACAAAGCAAAAACAGGUUUUUAGAUUUGUUUGCUAAUUUAUACAAAAUAAAAAAACUGAAAUAUCACAUUUACAUAAGUAUUCAGACCCUUUACUCAGUACUUUGUUGAAGCACCUUUGGCAGCGAUUACAGCAUUGAGUCUUCUUGUGAAUGACGCUACAAGCUUGGCACACCUGUAUUUAGGGAGUUUCUCCCAUUCUUCUCUACAGAUCCUCUCAAGCUCUGUCAGGUUGGAUGGGGAGCGUUGCUGCACAGCUAUUUUCAGGUCUCUCCAGAGAUGUUAGAUCGGGUUCAAGUCCGGGCUCUGGCUGGGCCACUCAAGGACAUUCAGAGACUUGUCCCGAAGCCACUCCAGCGUUGUCUUGGCUGUGUGCUUAGGGUCAUUGUCCUGUUGGAAGGUGAACCUUCACCCCAGUCUGAGGUCCUGAGAGCUCUAGAGCAGGUUUUCAUCAAGGAUCUCUUGUGUACUUUGCUCCGUUCAUCUUUCCCUCGAUCCUGACUAGUCUCCCAGUCCCUGCCGCUGAAAAACAACCCCACAGCAUGAUGCUGACACCACCAUUCUUCCCCGUAGGGAUGGUGCCAGGUUUCCUCCAGACGUGACGCUUGGCAUUCAGGCCAAAGAGUUCAAUCUUUGUUUCAUCAGACCAGAGAAUCUUGUUUCUCAUGGUCUGAGAGUCUUUAGGUGCCUUUUGGCAAACUCCAAGCAGGCUGUCAUGUGCCUUUUACUGAGGAGUGGCUUCCCUCUGGCCACUCUACCAUAAAGGCCUGAUUUGGUGGAGUGCUGCAGAGAUGGUUGUCCUUCUGGAAGGUUCUCCCAUCUCCACAGAAAAACUCUAAAGCUCUGUCAGAUUGACCAUCGGGUUCUUGGUCACCUCCCUGACCAAGGCCCUUCUCCCCCGAUUGCUCAGUUUGGCCGGGCGGCCAGCUCUAGGAAGAGUCUUCUUGGUGGUUCCAAACUUCUUCCAUUGAAGAAUGAUGGAGGCCACUGUGUUCUUGGGGACCUUCAAUGCUGCAGAACAAUUUUGGUACCCUUCCCCAGAUCUGUGCCUCGACACAAUCCUGUCUCGGACCUCUACGGACAAUUCCUUCGACCUCAUGGCUUGGUUUUUGCUCUGACAUGCACUGUCAACUGUGGGACCUUAUAUAGACAGGUGUAUGCCUUUCCAAAUCAUGUCCAAUCAAUUGAAUUUACCACAGGUGGACUCUAAUCAAGUUGUAGAAACAUCUCAAGGAUGAUCAAUGGAAACAGGAUGCACCUGAGCUCAAUUCCGAGUCUCAUAGCAAAGGGUCUGAAUACUCAUGUAAAUAAGGUAUCUAUUUUUAUUUUAUAGAUUUGCACACAAAAAAAAACAGUUUUUGCAUUUUUAUUAUUGGGUAUUGUGUGUAGAUUGCUGAGGGGAAAAAACUAUUUAAUCUAUUUUAGAAUAAGGCUGUAAUGUAACAAAAUGUGGAAAAAGUCAAGGGGUCUGAAUACUUUCCGAAGGCAGUGUAUGUAUGAGUAUUCUCCCAAUUGUCAGUAUCUUUGCCUCCUACUCCCUUUAAUCACAGUGAGUAUUCCCUGAGGUGUGUGGGUGUGUUGACACGGCUGGGGCCUUCACUGAGCCAUGCACUACCACUGCUACAGCCACACAGGACACAAAGCAGCUAAAUCAAUACAGUGAUAUAGCCUCUCUUUCCUGACCACUAAUUCAUUAUAACUCUGUAUGUCCUCUCCCUUCCCUCUUCUCACUCUGUCUGUCUUCUGCAUUGCUUCUUUCUUUCUGUACCCUUUCUCUACCCUCUCAUCUCUCCUCUCUUUCGCUCUCGUUGUCAGUGGGUGGCUAGGCUGGAAGAAACAGAGUGAGGAGGAGCCAACUCAGAAACAGAAGCCCAAGGUGGAGCCGGCCACGCCCCUGGCAGUCAGGUGACUCUUACAUUUACAUUUUAGUCAUUUAGCAGACGCUCUUAUCCAGAGCGACUUACAGUUAGUGAGUGCAUACAUUUUUCAUACUGGCCCCCCGUGGGAAUCGAACCCACAACCCUGGCGUUGCAAGCGCCAUGCUCUACCAACUGAGCUACAGGAGACUCUUAUCAGAAGAACUAGGAAACUGUUUGUUCUGCACACGCAAUCUACGCAGUGAAAUUGCCAAGUUAUCUUAUCACUUGCAAAUGAAUCAAUUAGCCUCUCUAUAUAUAUAUAUAUAUAUAUAUAUAUAUUUUUUUUUUACAUUUGUCACUUAACUGAUUGCGUAGCCCAACUUCACCCUGUCCUCCCUCUCGUGUCCCGUCCUCAGGUUUGGUCUCCCAGACUCACGGCGUCACGGGGAGUCAAUCUGUCUGUCCCCCUGUAACACUCUGGCUGGGGUCACGGACGACUUCGGCAGGGUCACUCUGCUUGACGUGGGGAGAGGCAUAGCUAUCCGCAUGUGGAAGGGUGAGAGAGAGAAAAGCAAGGAAACAAAACAUGAAGCGGAUUUCACUUCUUUAGGAAAACAGACCUAAUGUUGGAAACAAACAUCAUUCUGUUGUCAUCCAGAGUUACAUGUAUUUAUUUUCCAAGCUAUAGCACACAAUAUUUUACAUACAGCAGGUUUUUAAAGGACCAAAGAGUUUGGUCUGUUUGUGUUUUCAUUUUUUCAUGGAAAAAAUAUGACGAUACUGGUAUCAUCACAGCCCUACUCAUCAGUAAAUGAAUGAUCUGGUUUAGUAUAAAGACAGCUAAUGUUGAGUAGGGUCUAGUUUUUGACUUGGAAAAAGGCCUUAGUUAUAUAUCUAGUUAUAAUAACCUAUUUCUGUGUGUUCCCUCCCAAAGGCUACCGGGACGCCCAGCUGGGUUGGGUACAGGUGUCUGAGGGGCGGGGCGAGCGCGAGUCCUCACCCUCUGCGCCCCUCCCACGGCGCCACGCCCAGUUCCUGGUCAUCUACGCCCCCAGGAGAGGCAUCCUGGAGGUUUGGGGCACACAGCAGGGGCCCAGAGUAGGAGCCUUCACUGUAGGGAAACACUGCAGGUACAUACACACACAAAAACACACACACUCAGUUCUGAUUGUAUGUUUCUAAAGCAUUUGAACUAUUCUAACCAGUAACCAUUUCCUUCUCUCCUAUGUGUGUAUGUGUCAGGUUGCUGUAUGCAGGCUACCGGCUGAUGGGGGUGAACAGUGUGACCAGUCAGGGCUGGCUGCUCCACACACAGCAGGUGUGUCUGUUCGACCCUGCUACUGGAGCACUACGCACUGUCACUGUCCCCUUCCAUCUGGCCCUCAGGUGACUUCUCACACUAACACACACACACACACACACUUCGUAGUACAGUUGGGACAUCUUGGGAAUAUCAGGAGUACAAUUAUUGGAUUGUGAACGAUUCUACACAUACACAGCCUGUGUAGUUUUGCCAAAGGGAUGUAAUGAUUAUGUUCCCUGUGUCAGUGAUAAGAAGAGUGAGAGGGCGAAGGACAUGCACCUGCUGAAGAGACUGACCACACUAUUGAAGAGCAGAGAGGUGGAACCAGGUAUGACAGAAAUGGAGGGAGAAAUGAAGCGAUGGAAGGAUAUCCUUUCCAGAAGUAUUUGAACAGGGCAAACGAGAAGAGCUCUUUCCUACCUUUGACCUUCUCUCCACAGAUAUCCUGGAGAGCGAGGCCCAGAGUGUACUGCUGGACAUCAAACACCCUGCCGUUAAGAAACAGGUCAACACACACACACACAUGCAUACAGUGCCUUGCAAAAGUAUUUUGUUGCAUUACAACCUGUAAUUUAAAUGGAUUUUUAUUUGCAUUUCAUGUAAUGGACAUACACAAAAGAGUCCAAAUUGUUGAAUUGGAAUGAAAAAAAUUACUGUAUUCACCCCCUUUGCUAUGAAGCCCCUAAAUAAGAUCUGGUGCAAUCAAUUACCUUCAGAAGUCACAUAAUUAGUUAGAUUGCACACAGGUGGACUUUAUUUAAGUGUCACAUGUUCUGAAAGGCCCCAGAGUCUGCAACACCACUAAGCAAGGGGCACCACCAAGCAAGCGGCUCUCCAAACAGGUCAGGGACAAAGUUGUGGAGAAGUACAGAUCAGGGUUGGGUUAUAAAAAAAAAAAAUAGCUGAAACUUUGAACAUCCCACGGAGCGCCAUUUAAAUCCAUUAUUAAAAAAUUGAAAGAAUAUGGCACCACAACAAACCUGCCAAGAGAGGGCCGCCUACCAAAACUCACAGACCAGGCAAGGAGGGCAUUAAUCAGAGGCAACAAAGAGACCAAAGAUAACCCUCAAGGAGCUGCAAAGCUCCACAGUGGAGAUUGGAGUAUCUGUCCAUAGGACCACUUUAAGCCGUACACUCCACAGAGCUGGGCUUUACGGAAGAGUGGGCAGAAAAAAGCCAUGGCUUAAAGAAAAAAAUAAGCAAACACGUUUGGUGUUUGCCAAAAGGGGGAGACUCCUCAAACAUAUGGAAGAAGGUACUCUGGUCAGAUGAGACUAAAAUUGAGCUUUUUGGCCAUCAAGGAAAACGCUAUGUCUGGCGCAAACCCAACACCUCUCAUCACCCCGAGAACACCAUCCCCACAGUGAAGCAUGGUGGUGGCAGCAUCAUGCUGUGGGGAUGUUUUUCGGCAGGGACUGGGAAACUGGUCAGAAUUGAAGGAAUGAUGGAUGGCGCUAAAUACAGGGAAAUUCUUGAGGGAAACCUGUUUCAGUCUUCCAGAGAUUUGAGACUGAGACGGAGGUUCACCUUCCAGCAGGACAAUGACCUUAAGCAUACUGCUAAAGUAACACACGAGUGGUUUAAGGGGAAACAUUUAAAUGUCUUGGAAUGGCCUAGUCAAAGCCCAGACCUCAAUCCAAUUGAUAAUCUGUGGUAUGACUUAAAGAUUGCUGUACACCAGCGGAACUCAUCCAACUUGAAGGAGCUGGAGCAGUUUUGCCUUGAAGAAUGGGCAAAAGUCCCAGUGGCCAGAUGUGCCAAGCUUAUAGAGACAUACCCCAAGAGACUUGCAGCUGUAAUUGCUGCAAAAGGUGGCUCUACAAAGUAGUGACUUUGGGGGGAUGAAUAGUUAUGCACGCUCAAGUUCUGUUUUUUGUCUUAUUUCUUGUUUGUUUCACAAUAAAAAAUAUUUUGCAUCUUCAAAGUGGUAGGCAUGUUGUGUUAGUCAAAUGAUACAAACCAGGCAACAGAAUAGGAAAAAUGCCAAGGGGGUGAAUACUUUUGCAAGCCACAUAGUGGGGUCAGCACACCCAGGGAAUGUGGUGUACUACUACUUACUGCCCUAUGUCCUGCCCUUUAGGCCCUGGAGUCUCUGCUAGCCAAUAAGAAUGCUCCAGUGUCCUGUCUGACCAACAUCACCCGAGUCUUACUGGCCAGUCUCAAAGGGCAAGGUACCGUGUAUUCUGGAUAUCUAUUGAUAAUUAAUAUCAAAACCAUGUACAUGUUUGUGUACAAAUAUGUGUCUUAAUGCCUCUGUGUGUGUCUUAAUGCCUGUGUGUGUGGGUUAAUGCCUCUGUGUGUGGGUUAAUGGCUGUGUGUGUGGGUUAAUGCCUCUGUGUGUGUCUUAAUGCCUCUGUGUGUGGGUUAAUGCCUGUGUGUGUGGGUUAAUGCCUGUGUGUGUGGGUUAAUGCCUCUGUGUGUGGGUUAAUGCCUGUGUGUGUGUCUUAAUGCCUCUGUGUGUGGGUUAAUGCCUGUGUGUGUGGGUUAAUGCCUCUGUGUGUGGGUUAAUGCCUGUGUGUGUUGCCUGUGUGUGUUGUCCCUCCAGACCCUGAGGCGGUAGAUGAGGUGUUUUUCCAGUUGUGUUCCUCCCAGCUGAAACUGCUGCAGCUCUACACAGACAUCCAACAGCUCCACUCUCCUGGGGAGGCCACCACAGACACACACACUGAACCUGUGAGUAUAACAAACACUAAACAGACACACACACACACACACAGACUUGGUGAACCUGGUUGUACAGCAGUCUGACACUGAAUUAACUAGCUACAUUCAGAGCAGUUAACGGCAGGCCAAUGCUGAGUUGCCAACAACACUCACCAAUUUGGAAUCUUAAACCACUCUUCUUUUUUUUCUCUCGUUCCACAUCCUCCUUUCUAGACGGAUGUUGCAGGUAUAGAGGAGGAGCUGGCCCGUGUCUACCCUACCCUGCAGCGCUACACAGAGCUCACGUCCGGCUCCUGCCCCUCCGUCUCAUUCGCCCAGGACUCCCCCGACGCAUCACUUCCUGUCCGGAGCUUCCUGUCCCAGAUGGAGUGUGAGGGAGAGGAGAUCAGGGUAGUGCCAGGGGCCGACGGCGACUGGACACAGCUGGGUAGAAUGAACACACACACAACACACAAAGACACACACACACACACACACGAUUACCAAUAAGUGUGUUAGAGGUUAGUCUGUGUGUGUGUUGUUUUUUCCCCUGUAGGGAGCUUUCUGUUCUGGGGCUGUCUGACAGGAGAGAGCCCUCUACAGAAAGUCUGUAACACACUGCAGGAGACCGGCAUCAGCCCACAGCAACUACUGGUGAGGAGAGGAGGGAGGGAGGGAGGGAGGGAGGGAGGGAGGGAGGGAGGGAGGGAGGGAGGGGAGGGAGGGUGAGGUGGUGGAGGAAUGAGAGGAAGCCGAUUCAAGGAAGGGUUGAUUUGGGUAUGGGAGGAAGAAUAGACCGUUUUGAAAUAGAAUUAAAUGUAACUCAUGCAUGUUGUCUGUCCGUGUGUGUGUCUCUGUCCGUGUGUGUGUCUGUCCGUGUGUGUCUGUCCGUGUGUGUGUGUGUGUGUGUGUGUGUUUUCCUUCAGUCUUUGCUGCUGACUGUAUGGCUGCACAGAGAGAAGGAAGUAUUGAAGAAACCAGAGGCUGUCAGACACCUACACACAUUGCUCACUGCCCUCAGCUCCAUGAAAGGUGUGUGAGCACAUCUUAUUUCCAAUGUGGUCUGUGCUGUGAUGACAUUGAGUUAGCAGUUGGCUUGUGGUUAGAUGGUAGGUGGGUAGACUCCCAUUGACUUCUGUAGACGUCUGUGUUUCUUCCUCCUCUCCGUAGGUGCGGUGGAGGAGUCGUGGGACAUGCAGUGUGUCUCCCCCUGGUGGCAGCAGGUGCGGUCUGCGUGUGUCCAGUCCCACAGUGCUGCUGCCGCCCUGUUGGCUGCAAUAGUGGCUCAAUGCGCUGCUAAGGCUAACAUCACCAGCCUGGCCGAAACCAAGGUCACACACACAAACACACACACACCACACAUCACAUACACAUAUAAUCAGAUAGCUCUGGCAAAGAAAAGGGUGAACACACACACACUGAUAUGUGUGCUUCGUCACUGAUUCUUUGUGUGUGUGUGUGUAUCAGUUCCAGUCGGAGUGGGAGGCGGUGUCGUUGGAGCUGGAACAGUGGGCGGUGUGUGUGAGACAGCUGGAGGACGUGUUGUCCCUGCAGACGCUGCUGUGUGUGCCUCCUCCUCAGGGAACACCAGGGGGCGCCACACCACACUGCUCAGUCAAAGCCCUGCUGGAGGGGGGCCGAGGUACUGGAUACAUACUAUGAGAAAUAAAAAGUCCAUAAUCCCUGAAGGAAUCUCAGAUCUGAGAGGGUUGGGAUUGGUGAGAGUGAUGAAGUGAAACUUUGCUUUCACCAAUACAAUUCACAUAUACAGUUGAUCAGUGAUUACCUACGCGCUCUCUCUCCCCUUCAUUCACUCUCAGGUGGUAUAGCAGACAGUGUGGCUAAGUGGGUGUUCAGGCAGGACUUGGCCCCUGAGCGGCUGAAGUACAUGCUGCAGAGGAGCGGGGAGGCCAAGAGCAUGGAACAGCCCAACCAGCCAGAGCAGGGGGAGGGAGGGAAGAGGCAGAAGGAUGUAGACUUUAACAGGGCAUCAGGUGAGUGGGUACUCCUGUGGUCACUAACCUGAUUCCCCCAUAGGGAAAUGUGUUUGUUGUUGUUGUUGUUGUUGUAUUAAAGUGUGUGUUCCUCCAGAGCUGCUGGUGUCUGUGUGCCAGCGUUUCCCAGACUCCCUCUCUCCUGACCUGCUGUUUGCCCACUGCUGCUGGGAGUACGUGGUGCAGUGGAACAAAGACCCAGAGGUGGGGCUCCAUACAGUACCGGCACACAGACCUUCACAUCUAUACACAUCUAUACACACACACUCUCAUCCUUACACACCUAGACACACACACUUACAUCCAUACACAACUAUGCACACACACAGACACGCACAUCCAUACAUCGGGUGGGUCUAAUCCUGAAUGGUGAUUGGUUAAAACCGCAUUCCAGCCAGAGUCUAUUCCACAAGUUACAACAGGCUAAAUCUAUGAUGUUAAAAUGCCUAUUUCAAAUCAAAUCAAAUUUGAUUUGUCACAUGCGCCGAAUACAACAGGUGUAGACCUUACCGUGAAAUGCUUACUUACAAGCCCUUAACCAACAAUGCAGUUCAAGAAAUAGAGUUAAGAAAAUAUGUACUAAAUAAACGAAAGUAAAAAAAAUUAAAUAAAAAGUAACACAAUAAAAUAACAUUAGCUCUAGCCUUUGGCUUCUGGUUGGGAUAUGUACGUACGGUCACCGUGGGGACGACAUCGUUGAUGCACUUAUUGAUUUACUCUGUUCCAUCUGACUGCACAAUCCACUGUCUCAUCAGCCCAGCAAUGUAUAAACUUGGUCUCUACUAUAAAAAGCAUCUAGACAUUAUCUCACAUUUCUUUUAGACUAACAUUUUGUUUUCAACAGCAGAGAUUUGUAUAAACCUUGCUGUCUGUCUUUCCGACAUUUGCAACAUUGUUUCAAUAUUCAAAUUUGAUGUCCAGCUGUCACAUAGUAAUGAACGUGUCGGGAGGAGACAGACAGGCAGGCAGCUUUUCUCAGCCAGUCGAAAUCAUGAAUCAUGAAAUCGCGCAUCAUUAGCUCACUGUUAUGGAUAUAUCCAAAUAAAUGGCACUAGAUAACAGCUUAAACAAAUGCAAAUGCAGUUACUUUGUUGUUAAUCUGGGUGUACUGUUUGACGUGACUGUAAAUUAGCCGUAGUUGACUAGCUAGCAAGCAAGGGAUAAGAACGUUGGCAGCUAGUAUGGCAAUAUAACAUUUAGAAUGAAAGACUGGGUUGCAUCCAUAGAUACGGAACAAAAAGACUUAACGACUGUGUCACGUCUCUGGCAACCGAACCGAUAGAACGAACGACCAGCCGGCUUGGGUAACAACCCUAGAUUUGUGUCAGGACUAUAUCUCGUGGAAGGAUGAAAUAGUAAUGAAAAUAUGUCAAUCAUUAUUUGAAUAUGUUGGUAACCUAGUGUAUAAAAGUGACAAUGCCCCUGAAGCCAGUGUUUGGAGGACUUCGUCUUGGGCCUAACAACACCUAUGCCAAUAUAUCCACCAAACACCGGCUUCUCUGGCAUUAUCACUUAACUAUAUACCGACAGGUUGAGGUGUACAAUUAAAUGUUUUGUUGUCUCUCGCUCUCUCUCUGUAGGAGGGAAGGUUUCUGUGUUGGGCGGUGGAACACCUGAAGCUAGUCUCAAGUCCUCACAUCCAACUGGGUGAGACUAUACUUCAUCUUAUGCAAUAUUCACUCAGUGUGUCUUCAGUGUGUCCCUUCGUUUGUGCUAUAAGAUGACUCUCUUUCUCCUGCAGGCAUCUGUUCAAUGAUGUGGAACACGUUCAUCGUUAAACGUUUCUCAGCUGCUGCUUUCCUUAUGGAGAAGGUGAACAGAAUAUUAGGGAUGUGCAUCUUUCCCUUUCAACACGAUUCAAUAUGUAUCUAGAUACAUGGGCUCCGAUACGAUACAGGAACGAUACGUUUUAGUUUGAAAUGAAUCAAUGCGAUUCGGUUCGAUAUGAUUCGAGGCACUAACAUUUGUUGCAUAAACAUUAAAUUUUCCAGUCUAAAUUAAAAUCUGCUGCUGAUGGAUCUCAUGAGCUGGGCCUCUGAGCUGGAUCUGUCUGAGCUGACUUCUCUCUCUCUUUGUGUGUGUGUGUGUAAAUUAUGAACAAAACUAUAAACGCAACAUGCAACAAAGACUUUACUGAGUUACAGUUCAUAUAAGGAAAUCAGUCAAUGGAAAUAAAUAAAUUAGGCCCUAAUCUAUGGAUUUCUCAUGACUGGGAAUACAGAUAUGCAUCUGUUUGUCACAGAUACACUACAUGACCAAAAGUACACCACCUCGUCGAACAUCUCAUUCCAAAAUCACGGGCAUUAAUAUGGAGUUGGUCCCCACUUUGCUGCUAUAACAACCUCCACUCUUCUGGGAGGGUUUCCCACUAGAUGUUGGAACAUUGAUGCGGGGACUUGCUUCCAUUCAGCCAUAAGAGCAUUAGUGAGGUCAGGCACUGAUGUUGGGCGAUUAGGCCUGGCUCGCAGUCGGCGUUCCAAUUCAUCCCAAAGGUGUUCGAUGGAGUUGAGGUCAGGGCUCUGUGCAGGCCAGACAAAUUCUUCCACACCGAUCUUGACAAACAAUUUCGGUAUGGACCUCGCUUUCUGCACGGGGGCAUUGUCAUGCUGAAACAGGAAAGGGCCUUCCCCAAACUUUGUGCCACUGUAGUGUUAAGAUUUCACUUCACUGGGACUAAGGGGCCUAGCCCGAACCAUGAAAAACAGCCCCAGACCAUUAUUCCUCCUCCACCAAACUUUACAGUUGGCACUAUGCAUUUGGGCAGGUAGUGUUCUUCUGGCAUCCGCCAAACCCAGAUUAGUCCAUCGGACUGCCAGAUGGUGAAGCGUGAUUCAUCACUCCAGAGAACUCGUUUCCACUGCUCCAGAGUCCAAUUGUGGCAAGCUUUACACCACUCCAGCCGAAGCUUGGCAUUGCACAUGGUAGUCUUAGGCUUGUGUGCGGCUGCUCGGCCAUGGAAACCCAUUUCAUGAAGCCCCUGACAAAUAGUUAUUAUGCUGACAUUGCUUCCAGAGGCAGUUUGGAAGUCAGCAGUCGGCGGUCCCAUUCUGUGAGCUUGUGUGGCCUACCAAUUCGCGGCUGAGCCGUUGUUGCUCCUAGAUGUUUCCACUUCACAAUAACAGCACUUACAGUUGACCGGGGCAGCUCUAGCAGGGCAGAAAUUUGAUGAACUAGAAAGGUAGCAUCCUAUGAUGAUGUCACGUUGAAAAGUCACUGAGCUCUUCAGUAAGGCCGUUCUAUUGCCAAUGUUUGUCUUUGGAGAUUGCAUGGCUGUGUCCUUGAUUUUAUACACCUGUCAGCAACGGGUGUGGCUGAAAUGGCCUAAUCCAAUCAUUUGAAGGGGUGUCCACAUACUUUGUAUAUAUAUAGUGUACAUAAAAAUAAAGUUAGGGCCGUGGAUCAGAAAAUCAGUCAGUAUCUGGUGUGACCACCAUUUGCUUCAUGUGGCGCAACACAUCUCCUUCGCAUAGAGUUGAUCAGGCUUUUGAUUGUGGCCUGUGGAAUUUUGUCCCACUCCUCUUCGAUGGCUGUGCGAAGUUUCUGGAUGUUGGCGGGAACUGGAACACGCUGUCGUACAUAUCAAAUCAGAGCAUCCCAAACAUGCUCAUUUUCAGCUUCCAAGACCUGUGUACAGAUCCUUGCGACAUGGGACCAUGCAUGAGGUGAUGUCAGCGGAUGAAUGGCACAACAAUGGGCCUCAACUCAUCAUGGUAUCUCUGUCCAUUCAAAUUGACAUCGAUAAAAUGCAAUUGUGUUCGUUGUCCGUAGCUUAUGCCUGCCCAUACCAUAACCCCAUUGACACCAUGGGGCACUCUGUUCACAACGUUGACAUCAGUAAACUGCUCACCCACACAACUGCCAUCUGCCCGGUACAGUUGAAUCCGGGAUUUAUUUUUAUUUUUGAUUUAACUAGGCAAGUCAGUUAAGAACAAAUUCUUAUUUACAACGACGGCCUACACCGGCCAAACCCGGACGACGCUGAGCCUAUUGUGCGCUGCCCUAUGGGACUCCCAAUCACGGCCGGUUGUGAUACAGCCUGGAAUUGAACCAGGGAGUCUGUAGUGAUGCCUCAAGCACUGCGACGCAGUGCCUUAGACCGCUGCGCCACUCGGGAGCCCAAUUAAUCCGUGAAGAGCUUUUCAGUGUGCCAGUGGCCAUCGAAGGGGAGCAUUUGUCCACUGAAGUCGGUUACGACGACAAACUGCAAUCAGGUCAAGACCCUGGUGAGGACUAUGAGCACGCACAUGAUUCUUCAGUUGUGCAAACCCACAGUUUCAUCAGCUGUCUGGGUGGCUGGCCUCAAACGAAGAAGCCGGACGUGGAGGUCCUGGGCUGGCAUGGUUACACGUGUCUGCGGUUGUGAGCCCGGUUGGACGUAUUACCAAAUUCUGUAAAAUGAUGUUGGAGGUGGCUUAUGGUAGAGAAAUUAACAUUACAUUCUGGUGGACGGACAUUCCUGCAGUCAGCAUGCCAAUUGCAUCUGUGACAUUGUGUUGUGUGACAAAACUGCACAUUUUAAAGUGGCCUUUUGUUGCACCUGUGUAAUGAUAAUUUUGUUUAAUCAGCUUCUUGAUAUGCCACACCUGUCAGGUGGAUGGAUUAUCUUGGCAAAGGAGAUAUGCUCAUUAACAGGGAGGUAAAUUUGUGCACAACAAUUGAGAAAAAUAAGCUUUGUUUGUGUAUGAAACAUUUCUGGGAUCUUUUAUUUCAGCUCAUCGGACCAACACUUUACAUGUUGCGUAUAUAUUUUUGUUCAGUAUAUACAGUAUGUCUGGUGUACAGUGAGGGGAAAAAAGUAUUUGAUCCCCUGCUGAUUUUGUACGUUUGCCCACUGACAAAGAAAUUAUCAGUCUAUCAUUUUAAUGGUAGGUUUAUUAUAAAAGACACCUGUCCACAGAAGCAAUCAAUCAAUCAGAUUCCAAACUCUCCACCAUGGCCAAGACCAAAGAGCUCUCCAAGGAUGUCAGGGACAAGAUUGUAGACCAUCGCCAAGCAGCUUGGUGAGAAGGUGACAACAGUUGGUGCGAUUAUUCGCAAAUGGAAGAAACACAAAAUAACUGUCAAUCUCCCUCGGCCUGGGGCUCCAUGCAAGAUCUCACCUCGUGGAGUUGCAAUGAUCAUGAGAACGGUGAGGAAUCAGCCCAGAACUACACGGGAGGAUCUUGUCAAUGAUCUCAAGGCAGCUGGGACCAUAGUCACCAAGAAAACAAUUGGUAACACACUACUCCGUGAAGGACUGAAAUCCUGCAGCGCCCACAAGGUCCCCCUGCUCAAGAAAGCACAUAUACAGGCCCGUCUGAAGUUUGCCAAUGAACAUCUGAAUGAUUCAGAGGAGAACUGGGUGAAAGUGUUGUGGUCAGAUGAGACCAAAAUCGAGGUCUUUGGCAUCAACUCAACUCGCCGUGUUUGGAGGAGGAGGAAUGCUGCCUAUGACCCCAAGAACACCAUCCCCACCAUCAAACAUGGAGGUGGAAACAUUAUUCUUUGGGGGUGUUUUUCUGCUAAGGGGACAGGACAACUUCACCGCAUCAAAGGGACGAUGGACGGGGCCAUGUACCGUCAAAUCUUGGGUGAGAACCUCCUUCCCUCAGCCAGGGCAUUGAAAAUGGGUUGUGGAUGGGUAUUCCAGCAUGACAAUGACCCAAAACACACGGCCAAGGCAACAAAGGAGUGGCUCAAGAAGAAGCACAUUAAGGUCCUGGAGUGGCCUAGCCAGUCUCCAGACCUUAAUCCCAUAGAAAAUCUGUGGAGGGAGCUGAAGGUUUGAAUUGCCAAACGUCAGCCUCGAAACCUUAAUGACUUGGAGAAGAUCUGCAAAGAGGAGUGGGACAAAAUCCCUCCUGAGAUGUGUGCAAACCUGGUGGCCAACUACAAGAAACGUCUGACCUCUGAUUGCCAACAAGGGUUUUGCCACCAAGUACUAAGUCAUGUUUUGCAGAGAGGUCAAAUACUUAUUUCCCUCAUUAAAAUGCAAAUCAAUUUAUAAACAUUUUGACAUGCGUUUUUCUGGAUUUUUUUGUUGUUAUUCUGUCUCUCACUGUUCAAAUAAACCUACCAUUAAAAUUAUAGACUGAUCAUGUCUUUGUCAGUGGGCAAACGUACAAAAUCACCAGGGGAUCAAAUCCUUUUUUCCCUCACUGUAUGUAGGCAUCUGAGCUAAGCCAUGAAGGAGACUGGGCAUCUACCAUCCCACUAUCAGAUAAGGGGGGGCAAUGUUUGCUUUUUGAUCUGAAUUCACCAUCACCCACUAAUUAAUUUGUAAUUUUUGCAGAUUCAAAGUGUUUGAGCGAGUAAUGUAUCAAUAUUCAUCUUUAAAAUGAAUAAAUAGCAUAACUUUUUGGAUUUCACCCCGUCUCCAAAUCGAAUGGUUUAGACCGUUUUGGAAGUUUUUAUGGAGUUACUUUUUUCUCAUCCUGCUUCACCCAUGCAGUGCAAGUAGCAAAAAUGAUUUCAGUCCUCGUUAUGAAAUUAUCAUCUUUACCCUGUAUAUCUAAAAAUGACCAUAUACACUGUUUUAAAGCAAAACUACACAAACUAUUGCUGAACCUGAACAAUCAAAAUAAAAUCUAAUGUAGCCUACGCCCCAACCAGCAAGUAGGCUAUAGCCAGAUUACUAGACUAAACUCCACUCUAUUGUGAAGGAAGUUUCUGAUGACUCACCAACCCGAGUGGAGCAGAGCCCAGGUGUUGUGGAAUCUAGCUCCGACUACAUUGAUUCACCCAAGGUCAAUACUUCAAAGAAAUGUAAAUUAUGAAACGUCUACCUUGUAUCUGUGUUUGUCCUCUGUAGUUACCUGUCUUUCUUUGUUUGCCAAAAUCCAUACUUUUUCAAUAAACUUUCAUCAAAAACAACCACUGACUGUUUGCUCAUUGCUGUUGCUCUAAGAUGGCAACUCAGCGCAUGUGCCAAUUGAAUCUCAACAAGGAAAAAGUCGGUGGUUGUAUUUAAUUAACGUUUAUUGAACAUGUAUGUAUUUCAGCAAACAAAGAAAGGCAAACAUAGGUACAAGGUACGCGAUCGAUAAUUACAUUUAUUUGAAGUAUUGACCUUGGGCGAAUCGAUGUAGUUGGUGCUAGGUUCCACAAAGCCUGGUCUCUGCUCCACUCCGUUUGUGGAGUCAUCAGAAUCUUCCUUCACCAAGGAGUGUGAGUUUAGUCCACAAAGCCAGAUCAGAGUUGUCUCCAGCGGUAGUUUAGGCUACUUUAAUCCGGUAAAACAAACUUUUCAACAGCGCCUUUGAUAACAAUAACCUUGAAAUUACAUUGGUUGAACUUGUUACUGAACUAAUAAAGCCUAAUAUUGCGCAAGCCAUUUUACAAACAUUUGAGUGCUGAACACAGCUUGACAAUGCACAGCUUGACUAGGCUACUGAUAUUGCCUGGAGUUGUUGACUUGUUGAUCAAUGACUGUCAACACAGUUACACGCUCGACACUGAAGGAGAGGUAGAAAUAAAGUAAUAUGAGCCAAAAAUGUUAGUGAACCGGAGAUUCGUAACGUUUGAAUCAAUUUUCUGACUGAUUCACGCUACAUUUGGAUCGGUUUGGGGUCCCGCGGACCGAUACAGUCUUAUCUUAAACAUUUGAACCGGGGACCUUUGAAUAUUGGUGAAUCGUUACAUCCCUACAGAAUAUGUUCAUCAGAACUCUCUCACAUACAAACAUAUUCUAUAGGGAUGUAACGAUUCACCGAUACGCAUCGGUCCCCGGUGCGUCCUGAUCAUGAUUCUGAUCAUGAUUCUCUUUAUAAUGCUCAAACUGAUCGUCUGUUUGUGUUUCCUCUUCACAGGUGGGGAAGGCCCCUAAGGACCGCCUGUGUCGACGGGUGAGCAGCCCUGCCCUAUUCAGCCUUACAGCUACAUGUCUGCCUCUCUGAUUGGGACUUUGUUUUGGCUGUGAAUAGAUGUGUACAUAACGGUAUAUAACGUCUAUCUGUGUAUGUAUUCAGGAUGUGGGAAUGGGAGACUGCGCCAUGACAUCAUUCCUGGGUUCCUGUGUUCAGCUGCUACAGAUUCUGAUGGAGGUACGGAUCAAAAAAGAUGGAUGGAUGCAUACGGUUGGGCAGAUUAAAAUGUUUCCCUGCGCUGUAGCACAGGUAAAAAGCAUGUGCUGCAUGCAAAGUGGAUAUAAGUGCACGUCACCAUGCAAGAGAGUUUGUCACAGUAACGAUGUACCAUUACUGCAGCACAGGGAUUUUGAAAAAUAACUUUUGAACUAAAGCAUCUGUAGAUGCACAGAUAGACUGCACUUUGGUUGAUUUUAUAGUGAUACUGGCAAGUGAGGCUGGUCCUUGGUUACUCUGAACCCCUCUCCCCCUCUCCUCCAGGCAGACUCGGGGGUAGAAGAGGUGAAUCCUCCAGAGCUGUGUGUGGAGGAGGUGUGGGGGAGAGCAGAGGGACCUGCCUCCAUAGCAGAGUUAGCCCUGGAGCAGAAGGGAGUUCACUACCCCCUUGUACAACACCACUGUCUCCUGGCCUCUCUACUCCACACUGCUAUGACCUUCAGUCUCAGGGUCAAACCACUCAGCCUGUUCGACAGCAAGGUGAGACAAGCACGUGGCAUAAACCAAAGAGUACACACAUGCAUAACACCUACAGCAGGGUUUCCCAACCCUCUCCUCUGACCCCACCCAGACGUUUCACAUGUUUGUUUUAACCCUAAACUGGCACACCUGAUUCAAUUAGUCACAGGCUUGAUGAUUAGUUUACUAAUUGAAUCAGGGGUGCCAGUUUAGGGUUAAAACAAAAAUUUGAAACGUCUGGGGGGGCCCGAGGAAAGGGUUGGGAAACACUGACCUACACUAUACUCACUGCAAGUCUUUCCUUCUUCCAGGGUAAGAAUGCCUUCUUCAGAGAGCUGUCGUCCAUCCAGCUGAUGCCCAGUGGAGACAUGGACCAUGGCCUGGUCUCCCUCAGACAGGAGUUUCUGCUCAGGGUGUUGACAGGCUGGGUGACGACCCAGAGGGAGGCGGGGAGAGGCUCCUGCAUCCACUCGGCCGGGCCCUGGGUCUGGGUCAGGGGACAAGACGUGGCCCUCUCUGUGUCUGGACCUGGGGCUCCUGCUGCAGGUCAACCCAGACCUCCUGCGCAGACAUCUGGUGUGUGAGCUGUACAACCAGGGCCUGGACCCCCGGGCAGAGCAGGUAGGUAGUCAUAAACACCAACAAGUCCCUCAAUACACAUCUGCUGGUAACUGGAUAGAAACUGAUAUGAACACAUACUAACACAUAUAACAUACACUCACGGGCCGGUUUAUUAGGUACACCCAUCUACUAACGGGUCGGAACCCUCUUUUCCUUCAGAACAGACUGAAUUCUUCGGGGCAUUCUACAAGGUGUUGGAAAUGUUCCACAUGGAUUUUGGUCCAUGCUGACGCAAUGGCAUCACGCAGUUGCUGCAGAUUGGACGGUGGUACAUUCAUGCUGCGAACAGCCCAUUCCAUCUCAUCCCAAAGAUGCUCUAUUGGGUUGAGGUCUGGGGACUGUGCAGGCCACUCAAGUAAACUGAACUCGCUGUCAUAUUCCAGGCAAUGUUUUUCCACUCCUCAAUUUUCCUUUUCCAUUUUAGUCAUUUAGCAGACGCUCUUAUCCAGAGCGACUUACAGGAGCAAUUAGGGUUAAGUGCCUUGCUCAAGGGCACAUCGACAGAUUUUUCACCUAGUCGGCUCGGGGAUUAGAACCAGCGACCUUUCGUUACUGGCACAACGCUCUUAACCACUAAGCUACCUGCCGUCCAGUGUUGGUGAUCGAAUGUCCACUGGAGCCGCUUCUUCUUGAUUUUAGCUUAUAGGAGUGGAACCUGGUGUGGUUGUCUGCUGCAAUAGCCCAUCCGUGAAAAGGAUUGAGGAGUUGUGCGUUCCGAUGCCGUUCUGCACUCCACUGAUGUACUGCGCAGUUAUUUGUCUGUUUGUGGCCCGCCAGCUUGCACGGUUCUUGCCAUUCUCCUUCGAUCUCUCUCAUCAACAAGCUGUUUUCACCCAAAGGACUGCUGCUGACUGGAUUUUUUUUGUCUGUCGCACCAUUCGCGGUAAACCUGGGCGGCCGUUUCUGAGAUACUGGAUUCGGCAUGCCUGACACUGACGAUCAUACCAUGCUCAAAGCCGCUUAGGUCACUCGUUUUGUCCAUUCUAACGUUCAAUAGAACAGUAACUGAAUGACUCGAUGCCUGUCUGCCUGCUUUAUAUAACAAGCCACGGCCACGUGACUCACUGUCUGUAGGAGCGAUCCAUUUUCGUGAACAGGUGGUAUACCUAAUAAAACUAUCCGAUGUGUACAGUGUAUUCGGAAAGUAUUCAGACCCCUUACCCGUUUCCACAUUUUGUUACAUUACAGCCUUAUUCUAAAAUUGAUUAAAUUGUUUUUUCCCCUCAUCAAUACCCCAUAAUGACAAAGCAAAAACAGUUUUUUAGAAAUUGUUGCUAAUUUAUAAAAAAUUAAACUGAAGUAUGACAUUUACAUAAGUAUUCAGACCCUUUACUCAGUACUUUGUUGAAGCACCUUUGGCAGCGAUUACAGCAUCAAGUCUUCUUGGGUAUGACGCUACAAGCUCUGUCAGAGUAACCAUCAGGUUCUUGGUCACCUCCCUGACCAAGGCCCUUCUCCCCCAAUUGUUCAGUUUGGCAGGGCGGCCAGCUCUAGGAAGAGGCUUGGUGGUUCCAAACUUCUUCCAUUUAAGAAUGAUGGAGACCACUGUGUUCUUGGGGACCUUCAAUGCUGCAGAAAUGUUUUGGUACCCUUCCUACGAUCUGUGCCUCAACACAAUCCUGUCUCGGAGCUCUACGGACAAUUCAUUCGACCUCAUGGCUUGGUUUUUGCGCUGACAUGCACUGUCAACUGUGGGACCUUUAUAUACAUUUACAUUUACGUCAUUUAGCAGACAUAUAGACAGGUGUGUGCCUUUCCAAAUCAUGUCCAAUCAAUUGAAUUUACCACAGGUGGACUCUAAUCAAGUUGUAGAAACAUCUCAAGGAUGAUCAAUGGAAACAGGAUGCACCUGAGCUCAACUUCGAGUCUCAUAGCAAAGGGUCUGAAUACUUAUGUAAAUAAGGUAUCUGUUUUUGUUUUUUUAUAAAUUGGCUAAAAUUUCGAAAAACCCUGUUUUUGCUUUGUCAUUUUGGGGUAUUGUGUGUAGAUUGCUGAGGAAUUUUAUUAAAAUUUAAUCCAUUUUAGAGUAAGAAUAACGUAACAAAAUGUGGAAAAGGUCAAGGGGUCUGAAUACUUUCCGAAGGCACUGUACAUAUUCGUACACUCAUGUUACUUGUCAUAUUUAAUGACAAGUAACUUUAUACACACAAUGAAUAUGAUCACUCACACAAAAUACAUUAAGUAACUGAAGCCUGUGUGUGUGUUGUCAGGUGAUGUUGGAGGUGGAGGAUAAGGACGUGUUGGGUUCCCAGCUGUUGGUUCUAACAGGCCAGAGGCUUAGCUACUCCCUGCUCCACACCCAGACCCAGACCCAGCCCGCCAUGGAGCUGCUGGCACGCCUCCCCCCCACACUCUGCACCUGGCUCAAGGCUAUGGUGAGACCAAUCUCUGUGUUACCUUAUAACAUGUUAUAUCCACUGUAGAACACCUGGCUCAAGCUGCUUAAAAGCAUCUGUCUCAAGCCUAUAGCGAGAUUUACCAGCCACCUGAAUACACACUAUAACCACGUUAUGGCACCUUCAUAACACCUGUCUUAAGGCCAUGGUGAGACCAGCUAGUCUUCUGUGUCACCCUAUAACCAAUUAACAGCAUAUUGUGUAACUGUAAUUCAACCACCUAGUUUUGUGUGGGUUACUGAUGCUAUUCAUGUGUAUCUCUGUGUGUGUGUUGUCCCCAGGACCCCAGUGAGCUGGGGUGCCCGUCGGUGCCCCUGAGCCAGACCAGCAGGCUGGUGAGCCGCCUCAUAGAGAUUCUACCUGAGAACCACGGCCAGUACAACCUGGCACUACACCUACUGGAGGCUGUGGAGGACCUGCAGGGAGAGGACUGA